UCGCCUGCUGACGUCACAGGGUUUGGGCGGCUGGCUGGUGAUGGGACGGCGGCGCGGCCUGCAGCCGCAGUUGCAGUUGGCGAUGGACUUCAGGGCGGUCGUGGUGUCGGCGGCGGUGCUGCUGGUCGCCGUCUAUGCUCAGGGACUUGAACAACCAAAGGUGUACAGACUGCAUGUUUUGUCCGAGGUCCGCAACCGUUAUGCUAAGACGCUGGUUACUAGCAGGAUUGGCAACCCUGCGAGUCAAGCGCAGGAAAUAUUUUUUGACGCUGUGUUGCCUGAGAAAGCCUUCAUCUCCCGCUUCGUCAUAGAGAUGGACGACGUCGCGUACGAGGCGUACGUUCGAGGCAAAGAGGAGGCCCGUCAGCAGUACGACGCAGCGGUGGCAGAAGGCCGCGGCGCAGCACACGUCGCUGUCAGCGCACGGGAUUCCAACGUGGUACACGUUUCGGUGAAUGUUGAGGCGCAGAAAAAAGUAACCUUCAACCUAACGUACGAGGAGCUGUUGCAGAGGGAAAUAGGCGCCUACAACCUGCGCAUCAACAUCAACCCCCGGCAGCUCGUAGAUGACCUGGCGGUGGAGGUGCGCAUAGAGGAGCAGGCACCCCUGCGGCUGGUGGAGGUGCCCAGGUUGCAGGAGAGCAACGAAGUACCAGAGUCGCCGGACAAUGACACGGACCCCCUGGCCCGCAUCGAGCGGCCCACGCCAUCCAGCGCCAUCGUGCGCUGGUCGCCCACCAAGGAGGAGCAGCGGCAGCGGGGCGAGGAGGGCGUCUCCGGCCAGCUGGUGGUGCGCUACGACGUGGACCGCGACGCCAGCCCCAGCCAGAUACUCGUGAGCGAGGACGGCUACUUCGUGCACUUCUACGCGCCUCCCGGCCUGCCGCCGCUGCCCAAACACGUCGUCUUCGUGCUGGACGUCAGCGGCUCCAUGCACGGCCGCAAGAUCGAGCAGCUCAAGACGGCCAUGCACACCAUCCUGGACGAGCUCAACGCCGGCGACGUCUUUUCCUUGAUACCUUUCUCUUCUGAAGUGCAGGUGUGGCAUCCAGACGUGCCACUCACGUUUGAGUCUGUGUGGGAUGGGAACCUCAACCCCGAGUUCAACUCCAGUGCCAUCGUCGAAGCCACACCUGAGAACAUCGUCAAGGCCAAAGACAGCAUUAACUCCUUUGAAGCGAACGGAGCCACGUACAUGUUCAGUGCACUGAAGACGGCACUGCGCGUGUCGGAUGCCGGUGUGCACAGUGGGGGAGGGGGCUCGGCGCCGGGGCGACGUCGGCACGCGCCCAUGCUGGUGCUGCUGACGGACGGCGAGCCUAACGGCCAGGUCAGCGACACUGACGAGAUCGUUCGCCGCAUCACCGCGCGCAACGCAGAGUCGGGCGCGGCGAUCUUCACGCUGGCCUUCGGCACCGGCGCCGACUACGGCUUCCUGCGACGCCUCGCGCUGCGCAACAGCGGCGUCGGCCGCAGGAUAUACGAGGCCGCCGACGCCCACCUGCAGCUGCGCAACUUCUACCGCCAGAUCGCCUCGCCGCUGCUCGCCGACGUCACGUUCAACUACGACGGCCAGCAGGUGGACGAGGACUCCCUGACGACGUCGAGGUUCCCGACGCUGUUCGGCGGCGGGGAGCUGGUGGUGGCGGGCCGGCUGUCCUCCGGGACCAGAGAGCCGUGGUGUGCCGUGAGGAGCAGGGACGGCAACGCGACAGACGCCGUACCGGCGCCCGCCGUGGUCAACGUGACGUCAGCAGAGCGGCUGUGGGCCUACCUGACGGUGCGGCAGCUGCUGGACCAGGACGCCGCAACGCCCAACGAGACUGUCCGCACCAGGGCCAAGGACAUCGCUCUCAGGUACUCGUUCGUGACAUCUGUUACGUCACUGGUGGUAGUCAAGCCGAACGCAACGUCAGCAGUCAACCUCGACGAACCCGACGCGCCUGGUUUAGAAGCAUCAGUUCCUCUGGCUUUCUUCCAACCUGGACUACCAGGGCCUCCUGGCGUUCACGCAAUGCAGGCGUUACCACGGACCCGGAUGCAACACUCAUGGCCUUCAUAUCGGUCAUUUCCAUCGGUUGACUUUGCAGCGCCCAGUCUAGAUUUCGAUAUCACCAUAGCAGCCACAACAGAGGUCGUGCCAACGCUGGGGGACAUCACGUGGCUGGGUCCACUUCGGAACGGAUCUCAGGUCACACUGAAUAUUAACGGCACCGACCAACACUUCCAGCUCGCUGAGAACCAGACUGAGGGCAGCUUCCAGAACUGCACCACGCCGCCCGGCGGAUCUGGCGUUUGUCGACACCUGGCCGCCUGUGUUCUCCCCGAGUUCAAGGAGAGGCUGGACGUCUUCCUCUCCGGUUACCUGUGCGUCGUUGAGGGCAGUUUCCUCGGCGUAUGUUGUCCCGACAACACCUCAGUUACACCAGCAGCAUAAGAAUUAGUGGCCCGGCGAAACAAGAAGACAGCCACUCAUACGGAAGGUAGCAGAUCGCCGUAGGAAGUCUGCAGUAAUCGCGUAGCUCCAGUGCAGGACAGCGGUGGAAGGUUUCCAAGCUGUGUCAAAUCAGGCAAACGUCACAGGUGACAACAAUAUGAAGAUUAGUGCUGAGCACACACAGGCCAAAGUGCAUCAGUUGUGUGCGGUGUACUGAGGACGGCGGGAAAAUGAAAUACACUCAAUGUAACAUUUAGUUACCAUGUAAACAUACUGUUGUUCUUAUUGUUAAUAAAUCUUAAUUUUCUAUAUA